AUGGAGCAAUUAUGGGAAAAGGUCAAAACCAUAACUCCUCGACUGUUUGCGAACAUCCACGUCGUGUAUCCGAGUCUGCUGCACGGUGACCUUUGGCCGGGCAACACAGCCAUGACCGCGAAUGGGACGCCGGUGUUGUUCGAUCCGUCUGUCUUUUACGGCCACCAUAAGUAUGACCUGGCAUGCGGCAGCUUAUUUGCAUCGUUUGGGGAUGCGUUCUACGACGAGUACCACAAGAUCAUUCCAAAGCGCGACUCUCUUUACUUUGCUUACCGGAAGAAGCUGUACCAGUUUUAUUACCUGAACCAGCAUACUCAUUGGCAAUAUUACCAAAAGGAGCUACAGCUGAUGGAACCGCAAGUGGGCAUCGACAUGCUCGAGUACAUCCUGGAGUCUCCUGAGACCGGACGUGCCUAA